AUGGCUUUUGAUGUGUCUGAUGAUGUUACUUAUUGCAGUGUAAUUACAUUGCAAGGAAAUGAUUCUGCAGAAAGAGAAGGACCGAGCAAGAGGGGACGUAGUAAUCCAUAUGUUAGAAUGGGAGCCAAAGCUAGCCGGGAGAGAAUGAGACGAGAAAAGUUGAAUGACAGGUUCUUGGAAUUAUCUGCUGUCUUGGAACCUGAAAACCCCGUGAAAACAGAAAAGUUGGCGAUAUUGGUUGAUGCAAUUAGGUCUCUAAAGCAGCUGAAAGCUGAAUCCCACAAGUAUGUCGAAAUGAACACAAAGCUUUCGGAGGAGAUAAAAAAUCUAAAGGCUGAGAAAAUUGAGCUUCGUGAAGAAAAAUUGACGCUCAAGGCAGAUAAAGAAAGGAUUGAGCAGCAUUUGAAAAGCAUGUUUGUGCCUCCUACAGGAUUUAUGCCGGGAAAUUCAGCCGUAUUUCAGGUUGAGGCUAAAAAGAUGCAGAUGAUUCCCAGCUAUGGGUUUGUUCCUAUGUGGCAUUAUUUACCUCCAUUGACACAGGACACUUCUCAAGAUCAUCAACUCAGGCCUCCAGCUGCUUGAGCAUUGAAAAUUAAAAUAAGUUGUUCGAGCAUUCGAGAAUGUUGAGCAAUGCAUAUCUGUAAAUAACAAUUAGAAGCCUUUAUUUUUGUUCAUGGUUCUCAAGCACAAAUGUUGAUAUAGGAAGGACUGGUGACAACAUCCAGUUUGUGCCAUAGCCUUAACCACUGGACUUUCACUUGAUUCCAGUAAAUAAAUGUGAGUUAAAUUAGCCAUUGUAUAUAUAGUUUCUUUUUCUUUUCCUUGUAUCGUUGUAUAUCCAAAACCAUCGCCGAUGUAAAAUACUAAUGUGAGAAAAAUUUAAAUUUCCAACUCGGAUGAAACUCUUAUUUAUUUAUUAUUUACAUUAAAAAGGGAGAUAUAUUAGGAAAGUGUGCUUUUGCAAAACUUAAGACCAACUUUCAUCAAAUCUUCAAGCUUCGUUUAUGUUCAACUAAAACCACUUCCAAAAGAUAAUAUAUUGUGGUAAUACCGCUUUAUUAACAAAUGAAUGUAUGUUUACUAAAACAAACAAACAAAAUACUAAAAUCGUUCACAAAAACGAAGAUAUAGUAACU